UUAUGUUCUUAUAACUGAGUUUAAAAACGGGGGGCGGUGGGGUGCAAAAGACUGGACAGAGUAGUACUAUUUUGUUCAGAUGUCAGAAUUGGCGGUUGCAAGUUUCUUGUGUAUGUUGCAUGUAUUUGUUAACAAAGAUUGUUACUGUAACGUUAUCCUUUCUUCUCAGCAAAUGACUACUAGCAAAUUAAUUUAGCUGGGAGUCGGAUAACAACAACUACAAACCUCAGUCUCUCUGACAGAGUUAUAUAUACGGUGCACUUGCGUCAGUUAUUCAGCAGGAGGAAAAAAUGAUGUAUACUACAACAGAGCUAGACUAAAACGCCGAUGAACUUUAAACCCGGCGAGCUAGUUAUGCAAAACAGGAAAGUAAAGCCAAGGGCGCUUGCAGUUUUCGCAAGGGCAGCAAAAUUUUACAGGCAAAAGAAAGGACAGCAAAUUUAAAUACGCCAGUAUUUGGUUGUUCGGUUUAUUCUGGCCGUAGGGGAUGGAUCAAGACAAUCUUUCCGUGGUCGUCCAUUCUGCUGGAAACCUCAGACUGGAAAAUCGCCCAGUUCCUCAACCCGGACCAAAUGAGGUCCUGCUGCGGAUGCACUCUGUUGGUAUCUGUGGAUCUGACGUUCAUUACUGGCAGCACGGCAGGAUUGGAGACUUUGUGCUGAAGAAGCCGAUGGUACUGGGACAUGAGGCCUCAGGACAGGUUCUCAAAGUGGGAUCCGCUGUGGAGCAUCUCAAACCAGGGGAUAGAGUUGCCAUUGAGCCGGGAGUACCUCGAGAAAUCGAUGAGUUUUGCAAAAACGGGCGUUACAACUUGUCCCCUACCAUUUUCUUCUGCGCCACACCGCCUGACGAUGGGAACCUUUGCAGAUACUAUGUUCACAAUGGCAACUUCUGUUAUAAGCUUCCGGACAAUGUGACCUACGAGGAAGGAGCUUUAAUCGAGCCGCUGUCGGUUGGAAUCCAUGCCUGCCGAAGAGCAGGGGUCACUCUGGGCAGCACAGUCUUUGUCUGUGGAGCAGGACCCAUUGGACUUGUAUCUUUGCUUGUUGCAAAAGCGAUGGGAGCUUCACAAGUUGUAAUAAGCGAUCUGUCUGCCGAUCGGCUGAAGAAAGCCAAAGAGUUGGGGGCUGAUUUUGCUGUGCAGGUGCAAAGAGAGGCGCCACAGGAAUUGGCCCAGAAAGUGGAGGGUUUGCUGGGCUGCAUGCCAGAGAUCACUAUUGAGUGUACCGGAGCGGAAUCCUGUAUCCAGACUGGCAUUUAUGCGACUCGCUCAGGGGGGGUUGUGGUUCUGGUUGGCCUGGGUCCGGAGAUGGUGAACGUCCCCUUAGUGAACGCAGCUGUGAGAGAGGUGGACAUCAGAGGCAUCUUUAGAUACUGUAACACAUGGCCUAUGGCAAUCGCAAUGCUUGCUUCCAAGAAAGUGGAUGUGAAGCCCCUGGUCACCCACCGCUUCCCGCUGGAGCAGGCUCUUGAGGCGUUUGAAACAACUAGGAAAGGGCUGGGAGUCAAAGUGAUGCUCAAGUGUGACAAGAGCGAUCAGAACCCGUGAAGGGAGCGCCGUAGAAAGCGAACAGAGACACAAUGCAGAGGGAGUCCUGAGACUAGAAUAACUUUAUGCUUAUGGAUUGAAAAAUCAAACUAGGUGUCACAAUGAAUCAACUUGUCCUAAACAUGAUCAAUGCAGCUUUUUGCAGAUUCAUUGUACUGUAAAGAUUAAGAGCGUCUAAUUGUGUAAAUGGGGCUUCUAAAUUUAAAUUCAUAAAAGUCAUUGUUAAUUCUUGAGGAAUGUAAUUGCAUGUUAUAAGAAAUGCAUCGCCUCAUCGCUUUGCUAAUUAGUGUACUUUGCAAGGACAGGGCACAUAACUCAGUCUUUUUUAUUGUGACAAAUCCAUUAUUAAGCAGAUACGAGAAUUAAUUUUCUGAUCACACAGCAUAUCUGCACCUGUAUGAUUCUUGACUAAGAAUUGUAAAUGUCAUGUUGAGCAUUGCGAAUAUCUGUUAAUCUCUAGUUCAAUGAAAUAAUAAUUUGGGCUUGAACUUUUCAGUUUUUAUUUUCCAAAUCUCUACCUCCCUUUAAAUAUUAAUUAUUUGUUAAGCUGUCUCUGCAUCCUAAUAAAGAGAAAACUGCUAAUUAAAA